AUGGAAUAUAUGGAUAAGACUCAAGCAUAUCAAUGUCUUGGUACAAAUGAUCCAUUACCUGAUCUAGCACAUAAACCUGGUACUCCUCUUCAUCCAAUAGUGUCUGGUUUUAAGCAUCCAACAAUUAAAAUAUCAAAAUUUCUCGAUGAAUUACUUCAACCAUUAUUCGAUAAAAUGGCUACAAAAACAGUUAUAAAUUCUGGCUUUGAAUUAGUCAAACAGUUGCAACAAUGGUCAAGAAUUAAUAUGCGUCAAGAAACUUUAUUCUGUACUAUUGAUGUUAUGGAUCUUUAUACAAUGGUCCCACAGACAAAAGGAGUACUGUCAUUAAAGAAAAUGUUAGAUCAUCUUCAAUUAAAACAAACGGGUGGUCUUAAAAUUGAAACAAUAAUUAGAUUGAGUUGA